AUGGCGGUCCCUGUGCUGGGCGCCCUCCUGCUGGUGCUGCUGGUGCUGCUGGGCGGCCUCUGCCUGGGCAGGUGGCUCCUGUACAUACUGAUUACCAACUGGUGCCGGCGGCGUCUCCAGGCCGAGCUGAAGAUCCAGUCCUUCUGGGUUUGGGGGAUCCAGAAUCUCAGCUUGAAGUUUCAAGAAGAGCAGCAGACGGUGGAGAUUGACAGCAUCUGGAUCUCCAGCAGGCUCCUGAACAAUGAUCUCUGCUCCUUCCACGUGGACUCGGUCAACGUGAUGGUGCUGCACGUGGCCGCCUCGGAGUCUCUGUGGCACGUCCAGGUGUCCAGGUCCCAGGUCCUGCUGGGCUGUGACGGCAGGAGUGUGGCCUGUGAGCUGACCUGCGGCCAGGUGAACAGCAAGGUGCUCAAGAGCAGCCAGCAGAAGGUCGCAAAAGGGGGACACAGCGACCGUCAGAACUGUGAGCCGGUUGCCGAGUGUCUGAAUUUGGAUCACGCGACCAAAAUUGGGGAGGCUGCGACUGUCGUAGCUCUGAAACACGACUGGCUGAGGGAUUCUGNCGACGCCUGCCUGGCCGAGCUCUCCCUGGCGCUCUCCGUCUCGCUGGACGUCAGCCUGGCCAAGCCGCAGCUGCAGAGCGUGGCCCUGGGGGUCUGGGGGCUGCACGCCGAGCUGCACGAGGGGCUCUUCCACAGCGAGCUGCUGCGGCGCAUGGGCGGCCGUCCCGGGAAGGGGGCAGAUUCCCCAAAGGCCCUCGGUCUGGGCCUGGCCGGCCUGAAGUACCUGCCCUCGCGGCUGAAGGUGGAUCUGGAGAACAGCAGCCUGGUCCUCUCCAUGAACAGCCAGAAGAGGCACCUCAGCUGGACCCUGAAGCUGCUGCAUUUCGCCCACCAGUGCGACGAGGAGCAGAUCCCCCUGCGCAGCUUCACCCCCACCUGCGACCUGCCCCAGAUGAGCGUCGAGCUGGUGCUGGAAGGCAAGAUGCCGCAGAUCCUGGCCACCAUCAUCCUCAGCGCUUCCGUCUCCAACGUCAGCCUGUCUGUGCAGCUGGGAGACACCCCGCCCUUCGCCCUGGGCUUCAACUCCAUCUCCUUGGACAUCCAGCGGGCCCCCCACCCCCCAAACAUGCACGUCUGGGGAGAAGCUUUCAUCCUGGACUCCUUCAACCUGCAGGGCAGCUACAACCAGCCGCUGGGAACUUCCAGCACCCACGCGGACACCCUCUUCCUGGACUGCACCCUGCGCGGGCUGCAGCUAGAGUCCUCAGACGCCUGCGCUGACUGCCUCUCCCGGUUCCUGCUGCUCUUGCGGCCUGAGGACCCCAGCCCCCAGGAUCGCCUGGAGGAGCUGCCCCCCGCCCUGGGGGAGGAAUUUGGGGUGCUUUGGAAAGUGGACCUGAAGGUGGAGGACGUGAACCUUUUCACGCUGUCCAGCUUGGCAGGGGCCACAGAGCUUCGGGUGGACACCCUGACCACGCUGGGCAGUGCCGAGAGCUGCACCAUCAGCAUCCAGGGGGUGGCGCUGUCCCUGGUGAAGACCCUGGCGGAGAAGAUGCAGCCCUGCUGCAAGGCCCCCACCAUCCCCAGCCCCGUGGCCGGCCUGGCCGCCCUCUCCCUCACCUACCGCAGCAGCAUCCGCUCACUGGAGGUGCAAUGUGGAGAUAGCCUGACCCUGCUCUGGAGCCCAGGUACCCACAUGUAUCUGUUCGAACACCUCUUGGCUACCCGACGCUGCUACGAGACGCUGCAGAGCUUGCUGUCGCCCCCAAAGCGCGCCUCCGCUGCCCUUCCCCAGCAGGGCCCCGAAGGCCAGAUCCCUGCCCAGGAUGGGGCUCCCUUCCCCGAGGGCCCGGCCCCCAGGAGGCUGCUGGGGCUGACCCUGGAGUUCAGCUCUCUGAAGUUGACCGCUUUCGUGUCGGAGAAACGUUACUUGAGCCUGGCGGCCGAGCGGCUUUUACUCAACCGACACGGCACGUCCGUCCACGCCUACUGCCCCGGACUGGUGGCCGGCUUUGACGGCAACAGCAUCCUGGUCUUGAAGGAGGUGGAGCUGCAGGCCCUGCCAGAGCUGGAGGAGAUGAUCCUGCACCGCGGCCCCUUCCCCAACCUCUGCACUUUGCGCAACCGCGUCUGGGCCCUCUCCUGCGCCGCCGUGGCAGUGGAGUUCCCGUACCAGUACGACUUUUCGGCUACGUUGGACGAGGCGCUGGGCGUGCAGAAGUGGCUGAAGGGACUCCACGGGCGGAAGGCCGCCAGCGGGGCCCCGGCCCAGCCCUUGCCGCCCGACCUGCUGCUCAAGGUCCAGCACUUCUCUUGGGUCUUCCUGGAUGACGUCUUUGAGGUGAAGCUGCGCGACAACUACGAGCUGAUGAAGGACGAGAGCAAGGAGAGCGCCAAGCGGCUGCAGCUGCUGGACGCCAAGGUGGCCGCCCUGCGCAAGCAGCACGGGGAGCUGCUGCCCGCCCGGAAGAUUGAGGAGCUCUACGCCUCCCUGGAGAAAAAGAACAUCGAGAUCUACCUGCAGCGCUCCCACCGGCUGUACGCCAACACGCCCAUGCGCAAGGCACUGAUCACCUGGACCAUGUCCAGCCUGGAGCUGGUGGCGCUGGCCGACGAGUCGUUCUCUGGGGCCGAGCGGGUGCUGCAACAGAUCCGGGACAUGGAUGCCGCCAGCCCCUUCCCCCCCGAGGGCCUGGAGCUCCUCACCUACUGGUGCCGCAUGGUCAAGGGCAGCGUCAAGACCUACUUUGUGCGGAUCCGGGAUUACCCACGCUAUUUGUUUGAGAUCCGGGACUGGAGACUGUCGGGCCGGCUGGCCGGCGCAGAGACCCCUGGACAGCCCUGCUCUCGCCGGCGGCAAAAGCUGGAACUGGGGGCCCCGUGGGGCCCGGUGUCCGUGGAGAGGAACAUGCCCCCUUUGAAGUUCUACCACGACUUCUGCUCCGAGGUCUACCAGUUUACCAUCGUGUGGGGGCCCUGCUGGGACCCCGCCUGGACCCUGAUCGGCCAGGCCAUCGACCUGCUCACCAAGCCUUCGGAAGACCCCAGCCCGCCCCUGCCCUGGUGGGACAAGAGCCGUCUCCUCCUGCACGGAGACUGGCACAUGGAUAUCGAGCAGGCCAGCCUCCACCAGGUGGCCACGGAGGACCCCUACAACACCACGGAGAACCUGCACUGGGAGUGGAGCCACCUGGCCUUCCACUGGCGGCCGGGCCAGUUCGUCUUCAAGGGGGACCUGGACGUCAACGUCCGGACGGCGUCCAAGUAUGACGACUGCUGCUUCCUCCACCUGCCCCAGCUGUGCAUGACGCUGGACCUGACCUGGCUGUGCCACGGCAACCCCCACGACCACCACAGCCUGGUGCUGCGCUCGCCCCACUUCCUGCCCGAGGUGCCCGUGGGGCAGCAGUACGACUCCUACCGGGCCUUCCGCUCCGAGAACCUCAACCUGGCCAUCCGCAUGGACCUGGCCCGGCCCAGCGGGGGAGCCUGGGGGGGGGAGGGGGGCCCACCCCNCUCCCAGAUCCAUUACUGGGCCUCCUUCGCCCAGCAGCGCGGCAUCCAGCUGGAGUGCGGCCAGGGCCACGUCUUCACCCGUGGCACGCAGCGGCUGAUUCCCCAGGCUGGCACGGUGAUGCGUCGCCUGAUCUCCGAGUGGAGCAUCGUGCAGAUGGUGAGCGACCUCAGCCUGGUGAACGUCCACCUGAUGGCCUCCCCCAGCGAGGAGGACGUGGACCACCGCCUGGACUCCUUGGUCAAGAAGACCCACCUGCUCAGCCUCUCCUCCCUCGCCUACCAGCGCCACAGCCUCCGCACGGCCGAGGAGGAGCUUUUGCUGCGGGAUGGGGACGAUGUGCUUCACACCCACCAGCUGCACCUGGUGGACCUGCGGGCCUCCUGGACCACCACCAACCGGGACAUCGCCUUCGGCCUCUACGACGGCUACAAGAAGGCCGCCGUGCUGAAACGCAACCUGUCCACCGAGGCCCUGAAGGGGCUGAAGAUCGGCCCCCAGUUGCCCGCCAAGAAGCCCAGGCGGGGGCCCUCCUCCAUCCCCCAGCCCCCGCUGCGGGUCAUCGUGCCGGCUAGCAGCGGGCGGACAGAGCGGAGCCUCUCCGGAGGCGCCUCCAUGUUGCAGAAGCUGAUUGAAGAGACGGACAAGUUUGUGGUUUUCACCGAGGAGGAGUCGGGAGUCAGCGAGCAGCUGUGCGGGAUCGCAGCGUGCCAGACCGACGACGUCUUCAACCACAACUGCCUGAUUGAGCUGGUCAACUGCCAGGUCAAGAACAUUGAGGAGCACCCCCAGCGCAGCCUGGACUCCGUGCAGGAGCUGAUGGAGAGCGGGCAGGCCGUGGGUGGCAUGGUCAGCACCACCACAGACUGGAACCAGCCACACGAGGUGCAGCCCACCCAGCAGGUCCAGCGCAUCAUUUCCAGGUGCAGCUGCCGCAUGUACUACAUCAGCUACAGCCACGACAUCAACCCAGACUUGGCCACGCAGAUCAAACCGCCGGAGCUGCCCGCCAACCCCGAGAAGGACGACCUGCUCAAGAAGCAGGAAGGGGCCGUGGACACCUUCACGCUGAUCCACCACGACCUGGAGAUUUCCACCAACCCAGCUCAGUACGCCAUGAUCCUCGACAUCGUCAACAACCUGCUGCUGCACGUGGAGCCCAAGCGGAAGGAGCACAGCGAGAAGAAGCAGCGGGUCCGUUUCCAGCUGGAGAUCUCCAGCAACCCCGAGGAGCAGCGCAGCAGCAUCCUCCACCUGCAGGAGGCCGUCCGGCAGCACGUGGCCCAGAUCCGGCUGCUGGAGAGGCAGAUGUACGCGGUCAUGAAGUCCCUGCAGGACGACGGGCGCAAUGAGGCGCUGCUUGACCACAACCAGAAGCUGCAGCAGCAGCUGAGCCAGGAAAAGUCCACCUUGCAGCAGGAGAGCGAGGACCUGAACAUCCUGAUCAGGUGCUUCAAGGACUUCCAGCUGCAGAGGGCCAACAAAAUGGAGCUGCGCAAACAGCUGGAGGACGUCAGCGUGGCCCGGCGGACCGAGUUCUACUUUGCGCAGGCUCGCUGGCGCCUGACCGAAGAGGACGGGCAGCUGGGCAUCGCCGAGGUGGAGCUGCAGCGCUUCCUCUACAGCAAGUUAAACAAGUCGGACGACACAGCCGAGCAUCUGCUGGAGCUGGGCUGGGUGACCAUGAACAACCUCCUGCCCAACGCCAUCUACAAGGUGGUUCUCCGUCCCCAGAGCGCCUGCCAGUCGGGGCGCCAGCUGGCCCUGCGGAUUUUCAGCAAGGUCCGGCCGCCGGUGGGCGGCAUUUCCAUCAAGGAACACUUUGAGGUCAACGUGGUGCCGCUGACCAUCCAGCUGACGCAUCAGUUCUUCCACCGCAUGAUGGGGUUCUUCUUCCCCGGACGCAACGUGGAGGAGGAGGAGGUGGGCGACGAAGAGGACAAAUCCAAGCUGGUGACCACGGGGAUGCCGGUGGUCAAGCCGCGACAGCUGAUGGUCUCCGAAGACUCGCUGGGCUCCGGGAAGGGCAUGGGUCAAGGGCUGAACCGGACGUCGGGGGUCAGGCGCUCCUUCCGCAAAGCACCCGAGUACCCGGUGGACGACAUUGACAAGAUGAAGGAGCGGGCGGCCAUGAACAACUCCUUCAUCUACAUCAAGAUCCCCCAGGUGCCCCUCUGCGUCAGCUACAAGGGAGAGAAGAACAGUGUGGACUGGGGGGAGCUUAACCUGGUGCUGCCCUGUCUGGAGUACCACAACAACACCUGGACGUGGCUGGACUUUGCGAUGGCGGUGAAGCGGGACAGCCGCAAGGCCCUGGUGGCCCAGGGUAUCGUGCACCGGGACAUCAAGGUAUGGGACCCUGGCCUCAUUUCCCUGACUGGGGGUCCAGGGAGUCACCUCAAGCUGGCCGAUUUCGGCCUCUCGCGGCAUCUGCCCUGGAACCAGCGAGCCUUCACCAUCUGCGGGACCCUCCAGUACAUGGCCCCAGAAGUGCUGAGAGGCGGUCCGUACGCCCACGCCGCCGACUGGUGGUCCCUGGGGGUGCUGCUGUUUGCGAUGGCCACUGGACAGUUCCCUGUCCCCCCAGAGCGGGACCACGUGGCCAUGCUGCGGAGCGUGAAGCGCAGCGCAUACGCCAUCCCGGCCGGACUCAGCUGGGGCCUCCGACUCCUGCUCAGCGAGUACCAGGGCUGCCGCAGCGCCGUGGCCAGCUGCCUCGUGGCCCAGCGGAAGAUGGCGGAGGAGGUGGUGGCUGCCCGGACUGAGAGGGCCCAGCACCAAGAGGUAUGCCAGAAGCUGGAGGAGAGGACGGUGGAGCUAGUUGAAGCUCUGGGCCGGGUGAACGAGCUGGUGGAGACCAACAGGCGGCUGGACCAAGACCUGCAGGCCGCUGUGGAAAAAGCGAGGACCUCAGAAUACCAGCUGGAGCAGCUGCAGGAGGAACAGCUGGCGCUCACCCAACAGCUGGAGGAGAAGAGGACGGCCGUCCAGCGGCUGCAGGACGAGACCGCCAGACCGAGUGAGACUCUUGUAGCGUUUAUGGAGCAGGAGAACCAGGUUGCCCGCCGCCAGCUCAGCGAGACGGAAGAAGAGCUGAAGUCCAGCCUCACCGCUCUGAGAGAACGCGGCAGCCUGCUGGAGGACCUCAAGGAUGCCCACCGGAAACUCCAGCAGGAGCAGGAGUCGCUGGGUGCCGAGCUGGAUGAGGCCAGGGCUGAGCUCCGGGGCAUGGAAAGCAGCCUGCGGGGGCUCUCCCAGGCCGUGCAGGAGUUGGGGGGUCUCCACGCCCAGUGCCUGGGGGCUGUGGACAUCCUGCGGACGGCCUUGCCAGGAGAGGCAGCCCAGAACAGCACCCGCACUCCGGGCCGGCGCCCCUCCCAGCGCCCGGGGCUUUCCCUGGUGGACAGCGUCCUGCGAGCAGCCUCCCAGGAAGAGAUUGAGGCCUCCCUGGCCAGUCACACCCAGGACCUGCGCCUGGCACUGGAACAGGUGCACCUGCUGUCCAGGCGCUGCCAAGAAGACAUCAGAGAGCGGCAGGCACAGAUUUUGCAGCUGGAGCAGCAGCUGGAGACGUCGCAAACAGAACACCAGGCCGAGAUGGACACUUGCAACGCCACCCGUUCCAAGCUGAGCAAGGCCCUGCACCAGAGGAUCCAGAGUGAGAAGGAGUUGCGGGAGCUGCUGCGUCAGCAAGGAGAGAAGCAAUUCCAGCUGAGUGACCAGAGGAGGGAAGUGGCGACCCUGCGAGAGGAGGUGGCCCUGCUGAGGGAGGAGCUGCAGAAGUCGGAGACGACGGCCGCCGCUCUGUGGGACGAGCUGAGCGGGACCCGACUGCCCGACGUCCAGGAGAAGAUCUGGCUGCGACAGGAG